ACGAGUCAGUUGUUUUGUGAGCGUCGUUCCGUUGUGGUUGAGAUUUGCGUUUGUCGUCCGGUCUUGUUAAAAAAGGUUAUCCUCCGGUUUUUAAACUAAAAUUUAAUUUGAAAACUUUCCUUUCGGAUUCGAAAUCGUGCGGUGAUUCUGUGAAUGAGCAAAUUUAGUGGCUAAAGGCUUCGUGCAGUGUGUUUUUGGAGCGCUUUUGAAUGUUUGUGUCGCCUGGGAAGUGAAAUCCGCUGCAAAAUCAUCGGUAGUGGAGGAAGAAUCCCAUCAAGAAAAAGGCUCCCAUCCAACGGCUUUUGGAACCGACCGGAAGAAAAAGUGAAGUGAAGUCUCUUUGUGUGUGGAACAAGUUUGAAAAAUUACUGUCUGGAUAUCGUUGGCGAAUUCGGAUUGUGGAUUACCCCCGAAAAGAUCAAGAAGGAUAUCGUUAAGGAUCGAGGAACGAACCCGAGACGCAGAAUAAAGGAAGAAGAUAACCACAUCCGCCGUCCAACGUCGAAAUGUCACUGCAGGUGCAAUCAAGUCAGCAACCGACUUCCGGUCGUCGCACUCCCCAGAUCUACCAAAAUCUUGGUAGCACAACCCCUGCGACAACGCCUCCCACCAACGGCAACAGUGGCAAAAGUGCGUCCAAACUGUCCCUCAAAAGUGGCAAGCAGAGCCCGGUGGUGGUUGAGCAUACCACGGAGCCUACGACACCCAAGGAUGUCCACAAGACGACCACGAACGUGGCGGUAGCGGUCACCAAGCUGGAAAAGACUCCCACGGGUGCCGCCAGCUCUCCCUCGAAAACUGACAAGGGAAAGGAAGAGAAAGACAAAGCGGCCAGCAAUGGAGCCUCAAAUGGUACCCACAGUGAAAAGGAAACUAACGGCAAACAGGAGGAAACGCCCAAGGCAGCUUCCGAAACACCCAAGAAAGACCAAGCGGAAAAAGUGGCCAAGGAAAGCCCUCGAGCCAGUCCUCGUUCCACUCCACAGAAGCAACAAGCGGAGUCGAUUCCCGUGGAGCAGGUCAAGACCCCUGAAAGCACAAGCAAGAAGACAAAGGAAUCGCCUAUGGUAACUCCAGUGGCUGCCAAAGUUGACGAACCGAAGGCUAAUGAAAAAGCAGUGAAGGCAUGUCCCGCCGAAGGAGACGAGAUGGAAUCGCUGGUCGUUGAACCAUCCGAAUAUGAAGAUUCUCCUAUGCCACCACGUACCGGAGGCAAAACUAAGCUGCUCAAAUAUUCUGGAGCACCACCGACUCGGGCCCGCAUCAGCCCAUUCCGUGUUAAAGAAACUACUGCCAAUGCAAGCACGAUUGUAAACCUCAGUACCGUCAGCGAAGGACAAGACAGUGGUUCAAAAGACACCUCACUGGACUCGGACUCGCAGCAAGUGCCCGCCUUAGGCGUUCGUCCGCUACGUGCAAUCUCCGGACGGCGUGGAAUGCGUCCCAUCACGGACAUUCAAUUCACCUAUCGCAAAUCCACCGAAUUGAAUGAUUCCGCAUCGAGUCUGAACGUAACCGUUGGUUCCGAGAUCCACAACGACAGUCUCCGUACGCCAGCUCCGGGUUCGACGCGCAAACGGAAGGCCAUGACUCCAGAGUCCACAUCCGAUGCGCUAGAUGUGAAAGAAAUCGUUGACAGUCCGAAGCGUACUCGUUUGGACUUCAGCGGUUUCCUCGGAAUUGUUGCCAGUCCCGUUACUAUGCUCAAGAACCGUCUUUCACGGGUACGGCUCCAAUCCAGCACUCCGGUUGCCAAGCGUAGCUUUGACGAGGAAGAUCCAACCAAGUGUGUCCAAGCGGAAGCCACGACCACUACUGCCAACAUAUCCGGAGAGGGGGCCAAGAUGGAUGUAGACCCAGCUGCGGAUGCAACGAACGACAAGGUUGAGGAAGUGGAAAAGGCUAAGGGCGACACCGAGGGACAAACCACCGAUCUGCCUAGCGAGGAAGACGCCUCAAAGGUGGUGGAGGGCUCCGGGGAUGCCAGCGAAUCACCGGUCGAAGUGAAGGAUGUCUCAAACAAGCGACAGUUUUGUGUUGUUAUGUAAAUCAAAUUAUUGUUUUCCCCCCUUCUUAAAUCCACUCUCUCGCAACAGUCUUGCUUUAUGUACCUUGGUCCAACAAUUACCCCAUUUUUUGCCCACCUGAUCGGGGCUGCUAUAGCUCUUAUGAACCGUUUAUAAACGCGGUUCAGUUGAAAGUUUUAGCAAAUAUUUUUUAAAUCGAAAGAAUAAAAUGUUCUUAACAAUAAAAAAUAAAAGAUAUUUAAGUUUUUUUUAGUUUGUCUAAAUCUCUUUGAUUGCUUUCCCCUUUUUACGAUUCCGAACCACAAAUUAUCUACUUAUCACGUUUAUUUUUUAUAUUAUCAAUAUAUGAGAUUUGUUAUAAGUAUUUAGAGAUAUCCCGUAAACGAAACUUCCAUGAAGGAGAAUCCAAAACCAAGUUAAAAUUGGAAACAACAGAGAAGACGCGUGGGAAGAAAUCCUUGAUAAGGAUGCAAUUUGAGUAGACAUAUGAAUAACAAUUGAAAACGUUUGGGAGUAGAUGAAUGGAAAACUCAUUUCUUAGUUAUAGUAAGAAACAGAUAAAAGACGCUGGUAUAAAAAGCAACAUUGGGUCACUAAAUCCUGUAUUCGUCUCAUGCGUCUACAUUGGUUUGAGAACAAAUCGGAACAUUAGGCAGCGGUAUAGAAAAGAAUCAUGAGUCAAAUAUGGGAAAAGUAAUCCUGCCCUCAUUAUCAUGCAGGCAAUUUCAGAACACUACCUAUUCGUAGAUUGAAAUAAGAUAAUCCUCGAUAUGAAUACUAGAAACACUUUCAUAGCGCAACAUUAGACAUGAAAAUAUCGCCCGAAAU